UAUGCUAAGGUAAAUGGAACUGAUCCUAGCUCAACUGUCUUUCAAGGAACCGUGUACGAGCUCUUUGUAAAGGAAUCGCUGGAGAGGGACCUGUCGAUGUCACGUGUAGUUCAUUAUGGAGGCAGUUUCGAUAACGGCAGGGAUCUGGCAGCGAAAUGGGACCUGGAGAGGUUUAGAAGUGGGUGUGAUGAUGCCAGUGAGCCGCUGAGGGUCAGGGGUAGGUCGAUAAAGCCCAUUCUGAAGCGGAAGUCCACGCUGAUGGACGUCCUGGUACAGUGUAAGAGCCAGUCUACAAAGAUCACUGCGAGGGAAAUUAGAGAGCUGGAAGGAACGUUCAACUUCAACGUGAAUCGAUCUAAGAGGUACACUUCAAUGGCCAUCAUGUGUUCUCCCUGUUUUCUGACAUCUCAGGGACAUGAACAGAUGUUCAGGAGUGAAGCGCCGCUCAUGUACUGCCAGAUAAAGAAGCCAAAAUUGCGUACACCUGGAUCCGGUGAU